UUAGAAAAAAUUUUGAGAAGAUUUAGUGAAUUUUUUUAGAACAAUUUUUUUUGAACGAAAUGCUUUGCCCACCGACCAUUCGACCACCGAGUCCAGCUGAAUCGGAAAUAUCAGUUGGCGCACCAAGUCCACUGCCGCAUCAUCAUCAUCACCAUUUGCAUCAUCAUUCCCAGCCAUUGCAAUUGACAGCUCGGGAUGAAUACUUUCAGCCAUUUAAAAAGCUCAAAAUGGAGCGAUCUGUGAGUCCCACUCAACCACCUCCCCCGCCAGCACCAGCAGCACCGAUUGCUUUACCGCCGCCGGCUAUUACCAACCAUCAGAAAUCUAAUAUUGAAGGAGUUAAGAGCUUCUCAAUUGCCGAUAUUCUCGGCCAUGAUAAGAGUUCUCGAAAUGCGGCAGCCGCAGCUGCAGCCGCUUUCCCAACACAUCCCCAACUGGAUAUAGCUGCCGCCGCCGCAGCAGCACAUCAUCCAAUACUGAUACCAGCGACACAAAUUGUCCGUCCAUGGGAUCAUUUACUCGGUCCAAUUCCAGCUGUUCGACCGUUUAUUCCUCCAGCGUUACUCCAUUAUGAACAACGUUUGGCAUUGGACUAUCACCGCCAACUCCAAGAGCACUUUAACGCUCAAGCCCAACUCUUAAGACACAUGGGAAUGGAUAUAAUUCCGUCGGAAAGUGGUUCGGAGAGAUCAAGCUCAGCAGCUAGUGAUUGUUGUUCACCGGAAAUAGCUGCCAAUAGGCUGUCGGGUGAUGCUCAUCAACAAAGCCAUAGUGGACAUAAUCGACAUUCUACAUCACCGUCGUCACAUGGUAAUGCCCAACAAACUGGAUCAUCAUCAUCUUCAUCUGCGUCAUCGGCUGCAAAUCAAUCGGGAUCAGCGAAUGGAAAAACAAAACCAAACGGAACUCCUUUGGAUGCACUGUUUCAAAUGACAACCAAAGACUUUAAUGAAUCAGAAGAUAAAUCCCAUUUGGAUCUAUUCUCAAAUCGCCCACAACCAAAAAAGAAGCGAAAGUCUCGAACGGCAUUUACAAAUCAUCAAAUAUUCGAACUGGAAAAACGGUUUUUAUAUCAAAAAUAUCUCUCGCCUGCGGAUCGUGAUGAAAUUGCUGCUGCAUUAGGACUAUCAAAUGCUCAGGUGAUAACAUGGUUUCAAAAUCGACGGGCCAAACAAAAGCGUGACAUUGAAGAAUUGAAGAAGGAUUUUGAUAGCGUUAAGGUCUUUUCAGCUCACAAAAGCUUCCUGGAAAACGUAAACGAUUUGAGUAUACUGAAGAAGAAACCCAUGCAUGAUGGUUCCGAAACUUCAGCAUCAUCAGCGACACAUAGUCCGCAAAAAUGAAGCAACAUUUUUAGCAUUCGCUGCAAAAUAAACAACAACAAAAAAACAAAAACAAAAGAAAAACACAAGACAUAAAGAAAUAAAAAUUAUGUCACUGGGUAAAAAAUAUUAUACAAAAAAAAUUCUGUGCUAAGAAAAACCAUUUUAAACUAAGAAAAAAAAACAAAGAAGAAAAUGGAAUGGAAAUCAUUCAUAUUAUGAUUGAUGUGUGGCGCAGAAAUUGAAUUUAUUAUUUUCUUUUUGAAUUGAAAUGGAACAAUUGUAACUACAAAAAUGGAUAUUAGCUGGAAUGACAUACCAAACAAAUACAAAAAGCCCUAAAAGGUAAAAUAAUUAAUGCCUGGAGGCUUGAAGAUGAUUACUAGCAGAAGCAGUAACAGCGAGCGCUAUACAAGGAAAAAGCUGUAACUGAAGCAAUCUAAUGCUCUCUUCCUCUCUUUGGAUGUGCUGUUUCUGGAACAAAGACUUAAUGAAGAAACCAUCUGGAUGAAAGGAGAAUUCUUACAAGAAUGGACAUUUUUUUUUUUUUUU